CGCCUGCGCGGUCCAGCCGGCGGCGCGUCCCGAGCGCAGGCGGGCCAGCGGCGGCCGCGCUCCUCCGCCCUCCCCCCACGGCGCUUGCGACCCAUCCAUCCUACGCCUAGCGGCCACGCGCGGCAGCGGGGGGCGGAGCCGGCGGCGCCAGGGGUCCACGUGGCCACGCCGCGCGCCCUCCUCUCUCGCCGGCUGCUGGCAGCCCCCUGUCAUCUAGAAUGGCCGUGAUGCUGCUGGCACGCACCCUGCGCUCCCGCCUCUGCCCACCGUUCGCCGCGGCAGCCGCGUUCUCCUCGGCGGCCGCGGCGGAGGCGGAGCGGGCGAUACGGGACGGGCCCCGGAACGAUUGGAGCAGGCCUGAGAUCCAGGACGUCUACGACUCCCCGCUCCUCGACCUCCUCUUCCACGGGGCUCAGGUCCACAGAAAUGUUCACAAAUUCAGAGAAGUGCAGCAGUGCACACUCCUUUCAAUAAAGACUGGUGGGUGCAGUGAAGAUUGUUCUUACUGCCCUCAGUCAUCAAGAUACGAUACUGGAUUGAAGGCCCAAAAAUUGAUGAACAAAGAUGCUGUGUUAGAAGCAGCAAAAAAGGCAAAAGAGGCUGGGAGCACCCGUUUUUGCAUGGGAGCUGCUUGGAGAGAAACCAUCGGCAGGAAAACAAAUUUCAACCAGAUUCUUGAAUAUGUCAAGGAAAUAAGGGGUAUGGGCAUGGAGGUCUGUUGCACUCUGGGCAUGAUAGAGAAACAACAGGCUGAAGAACUCAAGAAGGCUGGACUUACAGCAUAUAAUCAUAACCUAGAUACAUCAAGAGAGUAUUAUCCCAAUAUUAUUACCACGAGAUCAUAUGAUGAUAGAUUGGAGACUCUCCAGCAUGUUCGUGAAGCUGGACUAAGCAUCUGCUCAGGUGGAAUCAUUGGUCUUGGAGAAGCAGAGGAGGACCGUGUGGGUUUGUUGCAUACACUAGCCACCUUGCCUACACACCCAGAGAGCGUUCCUAUUAAUGCAUUGGUUGCUGUAAAAGGCACCCCUCUUGAGGAUCAGAAGCCUGUAGAGAUCUGGGAAAUGACCCGCAUGAUUGCCACUGCUCGGAUCGUGAUGCCAAAGGCGAUGGUGAGGCUUUCGGCAGGCCGUGUACGGUUCUCCAUGCCAGAACAAGCGCUCUGCUUCCUUGCUGGGGCCAACUCCAUAUUUGCUGGUGAGAAACUUCUUACUACCGCGAACAAUGACUUUGAUGCGGACCAGGCGAUGUUCAAGAUCCUAGGUCUUAUCCCCAAGGCCCCAAGCUUUGGCAAUGAAGAGGCGGCGGCUCCUGCUUACACCGAGAGGCCUGAACAAGCCGCUUCAAUGUAAAAGAAUUAAUGUAAAAGAAAAAUGUAAAACAAAGUACCGAUUUUUAGCACCACUGUUAGUGCGAAACUAGCGCUAGUGUUAGCUAGAGCAUUGUAUUGUAGAAACCACUGCUUUCUAGUCGCUUGAGACUGAUUAGUAGAAAUAAAAUAGGCCCAUGGCAUGCUGCGGUUCAUAUCGA